CAUUGUGUCGACUGAGUUGCUCGUGGAAGGACGACAACGACGGCGGUGUCUCCAGUCUUUUGAAUUUCGGUUCGGUCCGCGCCAAAGGACAUACAGAGACUCACUCCAAUAUAGCAUAUAGCAUACUUACCGCCCACCACCCCUCGAAUACAUAGGCGCAGUGAAAAAUUCUAUACGUUUGCUGAGUCUGUGUGCGUGUCUCGCGUCGCGUGUUACAGUGCAUGUGUGUGCGUGUGUGCGAAAUGGGCACAGCGAAAAUAAUUUAAAUAAAUUUGGAAAAGUCCAUUAAGAGAGCUAAUACGAAAUUCUUUACUUCCCCAUAAAUCUGAAUAAAGGGAAAUAUAACAAAGGAUAUACGACACAAGCGAAAAGGAAUAAAAUAUAUAUGUAAGAUAUAUCCAAGUGUGUGUGCCAGUGCAAAGUGUUGAUGGAAACUAAAACCAAAUAAUAAGUGAAACUUACCGGGUAUUGAGUCCCGAAAGAGAUUAUAGUUGUAAAAACACGAGCACUCGAUAAAAUCAAUAACUGGGAUUAGAAGCUGAAGCUUACAACAAAGCGGAACUGAAAAGGAAAUUGGAGAAAAUACGCAAAAAAAUUAAAUUUGCGCCUCCUACGGGAAAACAAACAAAAAUGUAUUGAUCAGCAGUGCAAAAGGUAGACUGGACAAAGGAAUUCACCCAUGAAUAAGUCAAGUGUUAAUAGUAAAGUCAAUAAUUGAAGAGGAAGCAUUUUCAAAAGGGCAAGUCACGAAAAAGGUGUUGAUACCAAACAGGAUCAGAAAGUGCCGCAGCAAAAUGGCGGCACGACGUUGCCUGAAUCAGCUCAGGCAACGUUAUAUAACCAGCCGAUUUAAUAUAUGCACCUGCGCGAUAUUUUUGAUAUCCCUCCCCUUUAUAUUGGCCAUAGAGGAGACCACAUUUGCUGGUCUCUCGGCGGAAAAUGCGGCUCGCAUGUUGGCCGGCAGUCCCGGGGAUGUGGAGAAGUCCUCGUCGUCGCAUCACAGCGAAAUGUCCUUGGUCCUGCCACACGAUACCUAUCCUGGAUUUAGCAUCAAGAAGUUCAAAACCCAUCCUGUGAAGAUAAACGGUAGCUCCCACUCUGGCGCAGCUGCCUAUCACAUGCUGGACACUGACUACUCCAAGUACUUCACCGUACUGGAAGAUGGUGUGGUGAUGACCACGGCGGAUAUUUCCCCCCUUGUCAAUCGUCCGGUUCAGUUGGUGGUUGUUGAACAAACGCCCAAUGCCACCAAUACCCACAAUCUGCAGCUGUUUGUGAUGCACCGCAACGAUAUGCUGCGAUUUUCGGGCUCCCUACUCGAUGCCAGUGGUGAAGUCAGGGAGAAUCAACCGGCGGGCACCAGGGUGAGAGGAGUGCCCCUGAUGCAGGCCUUCAGCGGUUCCAUCCUGGACGAAGAACUGGCCACACCCAAGAAGGUUCGGUACACCAUUAUCGACGGGAACGAGGAUGAUGCAUUCGCUCUGCAGGAACGUAAGGCCAACAAGAACAUACAAAUAAGUGCCAAGUCCUUGGUAAUUAAUGGCGAUGACGAAUCCGGCGUUUGGUUGGUCACCAAUCGUCCUCUGGAUCGAGAGGAACGGGCGCACUAUGAUCUCUCCGUGGAAGCUUCAGAUGUCGAUGGCUUGGACAAGACAGUUUCCAAAAUACAAAUCUCCGUGCUGGAUGAGAACGACAAUAGGCCGAUUUUCAAGUCGCUGGACUACAAAUUCGCCAUUGCUGGUCAGAAAUCUGCAAAUAUGGAGAGCAAUAGUAGUGUGACAUAUCAGCGAUUUGCCAUCAUGGGAAAAGUUGAGGCCACCGAUGCGGAUGGUGACAAGAUUGCCUAUCGGCUGAAGUCGCCCAGUAAUGUUGUUAUCAUUGUACCUCAAACUGGCGAAAUAAUGCUGGCUGGAGAACCCACUUCAAAUGAGCUUCUUAUCGAGGUGAUAGCCCACGAUCUGAGGUAUCCCAGUUUGCUGAGCGCAAAACCCGCAAAGGUUCUAUUGGAAUUUUUGGCCGCCGAACCAGUUUCGUUUAUAAUGCAACACCUGGAGCACGAUGAGGUCAACAAUCACUCACAUCACCGGGAGAAAAGACGAGUUACACGAGCGGUGCGACCCACCAAGCGAAUUGAGUUCACCGAAGCUGAUGGAGACACUGAGGGAAAAUCGGUGUUCCAGUUAGAAAAGGAAACCGAUAAGGAAACAUUCAAGAUCCGCGAUGAUAAUCCCUGGGUGACGGUGGAAACAAACGGUGCAGUGCGAGUUAAGAAGAAGUGGGACUACGAGGAACUGGGACCAGAGAAGACUAUCGAUUUCUGGGUCAUCAUCACCAACAUGGGACACAAUGCUGGCAUCAAGUACACGGACAACCAGCGUGUGAUAAUCCUGGUGAAGGAUGUGAACGAUGAGCCCCCCUACUUCAUCAACCGUCCACUGCCCAUGCAGGCGGUGGUUCAGCUGAAUGCACCACCCAAUACUCCAGUGUUUACGCUUCAGGCCCGAGAUCCCGAUACGGAUCACAAUAUCCACUACUUCAUCGUUCGCGAUCGGACCGGCGGACGUUUUGAGGUGGACGAGCGUUCUGGUGUUGUGCGGACAAGGGGCACGGAUCUCUUCCAACUGGACAUGGAGUACGUGCUGUACGUGAAGGCCGAGGAUCAGAAUGGAAAGGUCGAUGAUCGCAGGUUCCAGAGUACUCCCGAGGAGCGACUUUCAAUCGUGGGCGGCAAACGAGCCCCCCAGUUCUACAUGCCCAGCUAUGAAGCCGAGAUCCCAGAGAACCAGAAAAAGGACUCAGACAUCAUUUCGAUUAAGGCCAAGUCGUUCGCAGACCGCGAAAUUCGCUAUACUUUGAAGGCCCAGGGCCAGGGAGCCGGCACCUUCAACAUCGGACCCACGUCGGGCAUUGUCAAGUUGGCCAAGGAGUUGGACUUUGAGGAUCUGCGACAGCCGCACGUGUACUCGCUGAUUGUGACAGCCACCGAGGACUCCGGAGGAUUUUCCACUUCGGUCGAUCUCACCAUUCGCGUUACGGAUGUGAACGAUAAUGCGCCGAAGUUCGAGCUGCCGGACUAUCAAGCUCACAAUGUGGACGAGGACAUUCCGCUGGGAACAAGCAUACUUCGCGUUAAAGCCAUGGACUCCGAUUCCGGUUCAAAUGCCGAAAUCGAAUAUUUAGUAUCCGAUGAUCACUUCGCCGUGGAUUCCAACGGAAUCAUCGUGAACAACAAGCAACUGGAUGCGGAUAACAACAAUGCCUAUUAUGAGUUCAUAGUCACUGCCAAGGACAAAGGUGAACCACCGAAGUCGGGAGUGGCUACAGUUCGAGUUUACACCAAAAACAAGAACGACGAGGAGCCCAAGUUCUCCCAACAAGUGUAUACCCCCAAUGUGGAUGAGAAUGCGGGGCCCAACACUUUAGUUACCACUGUGGUAGCCUCCGACAAGGACGGUGACAACGUGCGGUUCGGGUUCGUGGGCGGCGGCACUUCAUCAGGUCAGUUUGUCAUCGAAGACAUAACCGGUGUGAUCCGACUGCACAAUAAGGCCAUAUCCCUGGACAAGGACAAAUACGAGUUGAACGUCACCGCCAUGGACGAUGGAUCCUGUUGCGUAAAUGGAGACCAAACUAUCCACACCUCAACGGCCGUGGUCGUGGUAUUCAUCACCGAUGUCAAUGAUAAUAAGCCAGUGUUCAAGGACUGCAGUACCUAUUAUCCGAAGGUCGAGGAAGGAGCUCCUAAUGGAAGUCCUGUCAUUAAGGUUGUGGCCACCGAUGAGGAUAAGGGUGUGAAUGGACAGGUGAAAUACUCAAUAGUUCAGCAGCCAAAUCAGAAGGGUACAAAGUUCACGGUGGACGAGGAGACCGGAGAGGUGUCCACCAAUAAGGUUUUCGAUCGCGAGGGCGAUGACGGCAAGUUUGUAUCCGUCACAGUCAAGGCCACCGAUCAGGGUGAUCCCAGUCUGGAGGGUGUGUGCUCCUUCACCGUGGAAAUCACUGAUGUGAACGAUAAUCCUCCACUGUUCGAUCGACAGAAAUACGUGGAGAACGUAAAGCAGGAUGCCAGCAUUGGCACGAAUAUCCUCCGCGUCUCUGCCUCCGAUGAAGAUGCCGAUAAUAAUGGAGCUAUAGUAUACAGCCUGACUGCCCCCUUUAAUCCCAACGAUCUGGAAUACUUUGAGAUUCAGGCUGAGUCCGGUUGGAUUGUGCUCAAGAAACCGCUUGACGGUUGUUAUCCACGUGACCGAUAUCGAUUGAGGGUUAGUGCCUCCGAUAAGGGCACUCCCGCCUCGGCAGCCGAUGUCGACGUCGAGUUAGAUGUCGUCGAUCGGAAUAAUAAGCCACCCAUUUGGGAUAAGAGUAUAUACGGGCCGAUUCACAUACGCGAGAAUGUCACUGUGGGUACGGUUGUAACAUCGGUUAAGGCAAGUUCGGGUAUUGAAGGCAAUCCCACAGUUUUUUACCGACUGAUGCCCGGGUCAACGGCCCAAACAAACAAGUUUCACACGUUUUACUUGCAACAAAGACCGGACAAUGGCGAUACUUGGGCUGACAUAAAAGUAAAUCAUCCGCUGGACUACGAGAGUAUCAAGGAGUACAAUUUAACCAUACGUGUUGAGAACAACGGGGCCCAACAAUUGGCUUCGGAAGCGACCGUUUACAUAAUGCUCGAGGAUGUUAAUGAUGAAAUACCUUUAUUCACCGAACGCGAACAGGAAACGGUGCUCGAGGGCGAGCCGAUUGGCACCAAAGUGACACAAGUGAACGCCAUCGACAAGGACGGCACAUUCCCAAAUAAUCAGGUCUACUACUACAUUGUGGAUUCCCCGCGAAACGAGGGCAAGGAGUUCUUCGAAAUCAACCUGCAAAGUGGCGAGAUCUUCACGAAGACCGUAUUCGACAGGGAGAAGAAGGGCGCCUAUGCCCUCGAAGUGGAGGCUCGGGAUGGAGCCCCCUCGGCUCGACCCAACAGCAAUGGACCCAAUUCAGGUACGUAAAUGGAACUUUGCACAGUCGUUAGUGAAUAUGUCUGAUAUAUUGGGAUCUUAGUGGUAUGUAAGAUAAAUACAUAAAAGUCUUGAACGCCACAAAUCGACCAUUUAAUUACAAGUUUGCACUCAUCUUGGCAUUCCCAGCCCAUAAAUCCUCCCAAUUAGAUAAGAGACAAGGACGAUAACCAGGCAGUGUAGUACUAUGUAUGUAUGUAUGUCAGUGCCCAGAUGUAGUUGGCCUUCGUGGAGUAGUUUUGCACUGUUAAUAUUAGCCCAGCAAUGCCAAACAAUUUGUCAAAAGCAAAACGAAGGCAGCGAGAGAUGAAGUGGAAGACAAAAAAGACGGCAAACCCCAUUCGCAUGUAUAUCUCUCCGACGAGGGCAUAUGUGUGUGUGUGUGAGUGUGUAUAGGAGAAAUCAUGAAAAAUGGCAUUUCCGCAUUGCCAACUUCAUUUCCGCUUUUCCUUCCGAGCGGUCAGAGUGGCAACAAGUCAACAACAAGUUGGCCAAAGUGGCAGCUGCAUUUACCAUUGAAGAGCUGACAACGUCUUGAGAAAUGCCCGAAGGGAAACGCUAAAAUAAAGUGGAAAAUAGAAGGAAGCAGGGCAAGCAGGGGAAGACGGGGGAAACGGUGCAAAGUAAACGCAAAUAUGUACUUUUCGACCAUAAAACAAAGCUCCCGGCACUUGGGCCAAUUUGCUACGUUUUUCUGGUUAGAUGCCGAUAAACAAGGGGAACUACUUAAAUUUUCUUCCCUUCGUUCUCACUCUUUAAUUUGCAUAAAUCGCCUUAAAGUUGCUGCCAGCAUAUUCAACACUUGCCGACAAUGGGCCAAAAAUAGACACCCAGCAGCAAGUUUGGGCCGACUCGAGUCAAUUGCGCUUUCUAGAGCAAUAAAUCUUAGAGAUUAUUUUAAUUUCAUGCAAACUAUUUCAAGCUGAGCUGCGUCGAGAUGCCUGUCAACAACUUUUGCGACUCGAGAGCACCAGCAGCAACAAAAGAUAGCAAAAAGUUGCCGAACCUACGCAAAAAAAUUAAAGGAGGUUACGCAGUGCAAAGCACCAAACUCUCGCUAUCGGAAAAACGAGGUUGAAUUCCACACGCAGAGCCGAGAAGCAACAUUUAGCGGCGGAAACUAACAGUUCCCGAGCUCCUCUCCGGGAUCCACAGUUUGAGGGGAGAAUUCUAACAUAGCUUUCGAAAAUAUUUACAGACCGAAUUUCAACUAAAGUCGGACAUGUAGGGGAAGAUUUACAGAAUAUAGAAAAGAUGUAGAUGUUUUACAUGGCAGGAAAAAAACAGGUUCCACAUUCCCCUAAAAAUGUCUAUUAACAGUAUGCUUAUUUAUUGAACUUUGUAGUUGGCUGAACAACAUUUAGAAUGAGUAAAAUAAAAAAUAUUUUUUUAGAAGUUUCAUUACUUGUUUUAAAAGCAUAAAAGUAUACUUAUUUGUGAGGAAAUGUUAGCUACAAAUUUGCGUAACUCUGUUAAUUUAACAGAUGCUUUAACUUUUUCGAAUUUUCCUCUCUCGUGGGAAAGAUUCUCUCUAUUUCGGCGUGGAACGCAUGUAAACUCCAUUCGCGGCCAGUCCUCAAAAUUCCUUUAACAGUGCCGGCUUUUGGCAGGUCUUUGAACCUGAUCAACCACCCAGCUGCCUCUGUGUGCGUGCUCGUGUUCGUGUGAAUGGGGAAGGACUCUUAACAUCCUGCCACUGCUGUUCAUGGCGUUUUUCGAGGACGCUUCUGAGCAUGUUGAGCAGCCAUCGAAGCGAAUGCAUGAAAUGCAACUCAUAUAUAGAGUAAGGAUGCUGCCAUCAAAAAUGCGAAUUUGUUGAAUGGGAAUGCCGAGUGUUAUUUGAUGAGCAAUUUUAAUGCAAUUCGCCAUGACCUUGACACCCAGGGGCUAAAGAGCUGCAUUCCAUUAUGCGGUGAUUUAAAUUUAUUUAGUUAGGGAGCUGUAAUAAAAAUAUGUCCUGAGAACUCUUCACAACUAUUUUCUAAAAGCAUAGUAUCUGAUAUUAUGAUUUUCGUCUGGAGAUUGUAGCCUUAAAACUGCUUUAAGAACACAAACGAGUUAUGCGGUUGUGGGCGUGCCCACGCCCACUUCAGCUGAUAUUUAUGGCUCCGCACUUUGGGUCCACUUUUCAAUAAACUGCUUAGUCGCGGUCGCAGGCCACAACAGCAGCGAAAGCUCCGCAGAAUCUUCUGCUUCAUUCGGUGAUUUAUAAGUGCAGGGAUCCACAAAAUUUUCACCACCCCUUUUUGCCACCGCCACUGCAUGCAUCUUGUUGCUAUCAAAGUGCAAAUGAAUUACCGGCAGUGGAGAAAGAACUGCCCAUUUGGCAUAACGUUGCCCAGGAGCACAGGAUAUGGGGAGGGAUUUAGUCUGCUGCCUAAGCGUUUUCUGAUGAGACGGCUCACCUGUGCUCUGAAGAAAAAAUCCAUAAAAUUGUGAGGUCAAUGAAGUCCCAUUUUUUAAGCAGUGAAAGUAAAAUUAGGAAUAAGAGAGUCGUAGUAAAUAAAUUUAAAGAGGCGAUUGAUAUUUUGCCUAAGCACUUGCAGCUCAUUUAAAUUCUUAAAUAUAAUAUAUCGAAACGCCAUGAACUUUGUUUAAUUAACAUUUCAGUAAGGAAUUAUUUUAAUUACCACAAUGUUCAGGUGUUUGCAUCUGGCCAAGAAAACAUGCUCGGUAUUUGCUUGUGGCCAAAUAGCCAUUAACUGGCCUUGUCAUUCACUUCCCUUCACAUUGACAUCGUUGUUGUCGUUGUGUCGACGCUUUCAAACGUAAAUGACACGUGUCAAAAGUCAGUAGGAGCUACCGUACAACAAGAGUGCCACGCCCACGCAGACAACUUUAAUUGUUUACGAAAGUCCGAGGCCAUUCAGCUUCGAAAUGGUAGCAGAAAAUAAGGUUAAUACUGCCGGAAUGCUUACAGAGGGUUUCGGUCUCGUUCUGGCCAAUAUUUCCUCUGAAGAUUAACGUCACAUCCACGCAGCUUGGCACCUUUUUCAAGCCAAAUGAUUAAUGACAGCAAUUUUGGGGUGAAAUUCGGGUGGAAAAGCAUUUUUCCUCUUCCUGUUCAGCCGUGGGCAGCUCUCCCUUUGAUGGAAAUCUACUUGUUGGCGCCAGUUUUUCAGCCAAUCAAAUUUGUCGAGAGGAAAAGCUUGGCCAACUGAUUUAUUUCCCAAUUCCAGAGCAUUAAUGAUUUCCUAGCUUAUGAGGAUUAAGGACAUUUUUCCAUGAAUUACAGGUGGCUCUUCUUGUUCCAUAAAACUCUAAAUCAUAUUAAAAGCAUGCAAAUUCUUAUUUUCGGUAAAAAGUACAUAAACCUUAAAAUGAUAUUUAACCAAAUAUUCAAAUAUUUUUUAGUUAUAUAAAGAUAUAUGGUUGGACUUCUUUAUUUUCGUUAGGACAACAUUUUAGCCACCUAAAAACUCUUUGAAAAAUGUCAGAUGCAAGUGCAUAAAAGGAAACAUCUGGCAAAUUAGUGGGGCACAAACAACAUCAGGUAGCUGCCUUCUAACCCUUUCGGCUGCAAUAUUGAAAGCCCCGAAAGAGAUACACGGAAUGGCGGAGAAGGAGUACGAAUGUCGUUUGUCGGCAUUUGUCACGUGCAGUGACAGGUCGUGGGGGCGGCGGAUGUGGGCGUGGCUGGAUGUCGGUUUGUUUGGGAAUUUGUGUGCAGCGUUUGAUUGAAAGGCGUUGCGAUUGUCGCUCCACCACGUUGCAAUGCCUAAGCCCAAAGGCAGGGGACCACCCUUAAAGAAUAUAUUGGUGGGGAAAAAUUCAUGGCAUUCUGCGCAUAGCAGCUCUCAAUCAACCCAGCCAGUCAAUCAACCAGUCAGUCACUCAUGCAUUCAAUUAUCCAAUGCAAUUCAUUUGAACACGCGUGCACUCGAAAUUAUUGAGCAAACGGGUUUUGUUGAAACAGUGUGAUGAGAUGCACACAGAGCCGGAAAAAUUGCUAAUUUCGGCGCUGAAAAUGCAUUGAUAUUUGAAAAAAAUGAGAAGGAAAUUUGUUUAAGGACUCAAAUGCGCCAAAUCAAUCAGUUUUAUUUAUAUUAACAAUUUGAAAACUAAUUGAGAUCAAUUAAAAUCAGUUUCAGUUUUGCAUUUUCCGCUCAAUAGCACCCAGCACCCAAAACGAGACACUGAACGCCAAUAGAAUUUUAAAUCGCCGUUCAAAUAUUCAUUAAUUUAGCAAAGCGCUAAAAACCAAAUUAUAACAUAAGCACGAAUUUUGGUUGUGCAGACUCUAUAUGUACUAUAUGUACUUGCAAACGUAUAUAUUUGUAUAGGGGUAAUUAGAACGGCAAGUACGGCAACAAAUAUGCAAAAAACGUACAGAAAAUAAAAUACCAAAUGGGGAAAGUGGAAAAGUGGGCGAGUGGUUAGCCAUACACAUGUUUGCGAUUUAAAUAACCCAACUUGCUUGCAUAGUCUGAUUUUGGGCCACAAAAAUUGCACUUCACAUGUAGUACAUUUGCAGCCAACAAAUCUAGGUCAGCAACAAAUAUUGCGUAUACGCCGCCCACACCAAAAAAAUGUAAUUGAUUUUGUUGUCCAAAAAAAUCACAUCAAAUGAACAAGUGAGUUGGGACCUGUUUUGAAUGGGAUGAAGAGAGGAAAGAAUGUACAGACCGGAUUUAUUUAAUGAAUGUUGAGUGAAAACAUUCAAGGGAAAUAAAAGUAGUCACAUUAAAUAUUUCUGCUUGUGGUUAAAGUAUGACGUGUUCUUUAUUUCAGAAUCACUUCAACUUUUCAAACAAAAUCAAAAACUUUGAAUCCUCGCAUGUGAAUUUUCCGCAUUUUCCUGCAUGGCUUUUGCAUUUUCUGCCCUAAGGCUGUCGUCUCUGGCCAAACGCAUAAAGUGUCAACUUUAUCAUGAGACUGCAGCCAACUUGCUCUCCCUUUUUGUCCUCCAUUUCCCACCCACUUUGGCCACCUUUUGUGGGCGGUGAAAAUAUUACCGGAGUGUGCACAUUUUGCACAUUUAUCGGCAGAGGUCAGAACUGACCAAAGGUUCUCUGUCCUCUUGCUAACAAAGUCUUCGACAACCAAGCUGGCAAUUUGCGUGUCAUAGAAGUGGUAAAAAAAACAAAAGCUUCGAGGUAAAACUAUAAAAUAGAGGACUGGAAAAGAUUUGAAAAUUCUCUAAAAUAUGUUACUAAAUAAGCAGGAGUAUAAGUAUUAGGCGAAUUUACGUGCCCGAGAAUGUGAAAGCAAUAGUCAAAAAUAUUACUUCUGGAAGAAUAGUAAGAAAAUGUCUAGAAAUAUUCAACUAAAUUGUUCUCCCGACUAGGCCGCGUUUUUUUUUGCGCACAUGGAGCUCAAUUUGCUUGUAUUCAACAGCAACGACUGAAAAAGUGUCAAUGUAAAAUCCAACAAUUUAAUUAAAAACUUUAUGGCAACAUGUCGCUCGAUUUCCUCUCUUCUUUAGCUAACACUAAGAAAGCAGGAAAAAUACUUCAUAAAUUCUGUGGCUGACAAUUGCGGCGGGCAAGGCAAAAGCGAGAAGAAAAUAAGGGGGGUGGGAAAUAUUUUCAUGUAACCAAUAAAAGCAUAAAGUAGACUGAGUUCUCCAGCAAUGGUAAUGGCAAUGGGAAUAGAAAUGGGAAUAGAAAUGGAGAUGGCGAUGAAGCUUCCCCUGAUAUAUUGUCAUAAACGUUGACGAAAGGCAAACAUAGGAAUCACAAGCUGGAAAAUCAUCAUCAUGAAAGCAAAACAAAAAGCCAGGCAACACACAUACAGUCGCAGCUGCUGCUGACAGUGGGGAAUCACAUGAAAACAACAUGUCGCUGACUUUUAGAGGUGGGGCCGGAAAAGUCGGUGGGUGGUUUUUGAAUGGAUAAACUCCACCCACGCAAGAGACUUGAAAAGUUUCCAAACACUCGAUACGGCUGCAUAGCAGUGCCACAAAAAAAUGAAAAGGCAACACCAAGUUUUCACAUAUUUUACUUACAAUUAAAUACAAUUGUUACAGCAUGGGAAAAGGGGCGUGGCUGCUUUUUCCCGCUUGUGGGUAAUAAUUUAUGAUUCUUCACCGAGCUCAGAGCGCGUAAAUUAUGAAAAUCCACUUAAACUUGCGUCGCGGAAAACCGCCAAGGAAAACCGGCUAACGAAGCAAAACAAAAGUCGCAACAAGGCUAGACGCUUUUCUUUCUUUCUUUUUGUUGCUGUGCUUUUCCUGUUGUUUGCCACUUUUAUAAUUGCUCCACUUUUUUGUGGCUGUGUCGUCAUUUUUUCUUGGGACUCAGCUUGUGCACAGUAAGCAGCUUUACACUCCAAUCGCGUUUGUAUUUGGUGUGUCACUAACAUUAGGAUCGAAAGUAAAUUUAUCGUGAUACAUAAACUUAUGAAUAACUCAUCUUUCGUUGAGAGGUUGGGAAAAGGAAAACGGAUGUGAUGGUUUAAGCCUUAUCCUUUUGGCUUAUUAAAAAAUUAGUACACCUUAAGGUAUCCAGUCGGCAGGCUUAUUAUUCAUAAUAUAUCAGCAUUAUUAUAUCAGCAAAAAUGACAGGCAGGGAAUAAAAUGGUUCCUUUUAUGCGCCUUUUAUGCAAAUGUUUUCUUGUUCAUUUAAAAAUAGGAACAAACAAAGAAAAUCAGAGAGAGUACAUUAUAAACAUACUUUGCUUUCAGUCAUCCGUUGUUUGUUUUUUAUUACCCCCAAUUAGUUAUGAAAAUGUCCUCUUAAUUGCGGCUGUAAUUAACUCUAAUGAAUUUAAUUGUUCCACCGCUCACCAUAAUGCAAAUAUAAUUUAAUCAAAGGCAACUGUGAAAUAUGGCGUACAUUCUGCUUGAUUGUUGUUUAUCGCUUGUGUUUAUUUGUCAGCAGCUGUCAUCACAUGUGGUUUUCAUCAAAACUUUACAUACACGAAUUUAAUUGCAAAACAACGAUCGUGAUCUUUUUAAGGCCCUGGGUGGAGUUUCAAUUUCGUUUCAACUUUUUCUAGAAUGGGUUCUCAAAACUUAAACAGAGUCAAACUUUGUAUGGUCAAUAGGUGCAUAAGACCUUUCAAAUAAUUUAAAAGUUCAGUUUGAUAAAAAAAAGCAAAGCACUGAAGCAAAAUUGCAAUUAGCAAUUGAAACUUCCUGCGGGUUUGGUCCUAUUUUUGCACCUGCAGCGGAAAUAAUUUUAUAGCAAUUUUUGAUUUAUUUGGCACAAAGUUGCAAACAAAGAAGCAGUGCACAAAAUACAAAAGAAACUAGUCAAAUAAAUCAAAACAAGCAUGCGUAACAUUCUUAUAUUGAAAGGUUUUGUACUGAAGUUGCUUGAAUACUUAUUUAUUCUUUCUAGAAGCUGUCAAAUUCUAUGUACUGAGAGCUUGGUUAAAAAGUCACUUUAGUUGUCUUUCCUUUUUUCCCGAACUCAUAAGCGUUUCGCAUGCAGAAAGCUGUCCCCCACAAACAUGCAAAAUUAUUAAUAUUAACUAAUUUAAACUGGUCUAAAACGCAGUAGCUACUAGCUACCUUUUUGGGUGGGAGACGGGAGACCAGCCACGACAUGUUGUCGCAUUGUUGUCAACGCAAAUUUUUCAUGUGGCAUGCAACAAGGCAGAAGAAGGUGGCACUCCCUCGCGCUGCAACCCUUUCAACAGCUCAACGCUUCUGACUUUUAAUAUGCAAGCAACCCGAAAGUCCUCACCCCAUUUUAUCCUACCAGUUUUUGCUGCUACUGAAAUUAUUUCGUUGGGAGCAGCGACGUUGAGUGUUGCUUUGUUUGAAGAGCCACGUCGCACCCUGCUCUAUGCUCAACAAAUUUAUGGUUGGAGCCCUCAGUCCUCAGCAAACCCCCUACCGACAUAGUCUUUUAUUAAAGUUUUUGCACAUUUCGUCCUUCACAUACUGUAUGAUGAUUUUGUACCGCUCGCCCAUUUUCUGCCCAUUUCUCAUAUGCAACAAAAUUUGCAUAAAAAAUAAAACAUCAGCAGCCACGCCGAAAAAUUGUUGCGUUCGUAUACUCGUAUAUUUUGUAGUUUUUGUAUUUUUUCUAUUUGGGAAAGGGUCAGGCGUUGUUUUGUUAUUUUUCCAGCUUGGUUACUCUUUUGGAUCCCGCUCAUAAAGAUAUAUAUGCAAAUUGUGCUCCACUUGGCUCGCGGCCUUCUAUGCGCAUAUAAGUUGGCCUAAUCACGUGCCACUCAGUGGCGAAAAAGUGGGAGGGACUGCAGCUCGAUUAUCCUGGCAAAUAGGUAAACAGGUUUUUGGCUCCGGCGGAAGUUUUAUCCUCGUCCAAAUCGUUAUUUGUCUUUUUUUAGGAAAUAGGACAACUUGUAAUAGUAAUUAUUUCUUUUACCAUUUUAAAGCUUCCGUUACUCACAUAGUACAAGUACGUAUCGGGUAGAUUUUUUUUCAAAGAAAACUGUUUUAAAAUGCCAGCUUAACAAAAUAACGCAGUUAUCCUUUUCUUUUCUGCACUGCUCGGAAUUGUUUAAUUGAAGAAUAUUUACAAUUUCGCUUUCAUGAGAUUUAUUAAUUCUAUUUUCGAUAAGCGCAACACUUUUUAUUCCCUUUCAACAAGAUCUAUCCAGUUUUACGGUAAAAAAUAGCAGUUAAAUAUCAAGUUAAGCUGAGCGAAAAA